CCCCACAGGAUGAGAGCAGCUCUUCUGGUGUUUAGAAGGGUCCUUGUUUGUCCCAUGGAGAAAGGGAGGAGACCCUAAGCUGCUCUAAGCAGCAGGGGGAUGUAGUACGCUUUGGAGCAGGAGCUUGAGGGGUAUGCGUGCCUCACCUGCUUCCUCUUCAGGGACAGGGCAGAGAAAGCUCACUUGGGCUCCUCUCCCAGACCACAGCAUCCUUAACAAAGAUACCUUCUUGCCCAUCUGGAAGAGAUACCCCUUGUUACUGAGGGAGAGCUGGGCAUAGUAUGGGGUGCAGGUCUGUGUCCAAAUUUUGCCAUGUUUCCUGCCAAGGGUGGGGUCUCCUUUAGGUUUCAGUUUCUCUGCCCCUAAAAUGGAGUGGCUCUGGGAAUGGAGAGAAGCUCAUUUCUACCGAGACUCCUACCAUCCCCAGUGGUGAAAUGAAAAGUGGCGUGGACAGAAAGGGUCUGUGGCCUGGGGCUCACAGUCACAGUGAGGUCUGAGGUGGGGACGCCACUUGCCAGCUCUGGGGUAUCAGGACAACUCCGUCUUCCCAAGUCAGCUUUCCUUCCGGAGCUCCAGUGCCAAGCCUGUCUCCGCAGAAGGCCCAGCCCUUUUCCCAAGGCCUGACGCCUUCAGACCUUGGGGAGAAGAGGAAGGAAGGAGGGAGCAGGGAUAGAGGGACUGCAGAAUUGUGGCUGGAAGGGAGGAGGGAGGAGCACUUUUUUUUUUAACCUGUGGUGCUGGCCUCUCCCCUGUUUGCUCUGAGAUACCAGUCUCGCUCCUGCCCAGUCCAGGCGGCUACCCUUGGGUGCUCCCUUCCUUCCCCGACACCCCAGACUGACCUCGACCAACCGCUCACCUGGCAGGAGCAGGACAGCUGGACACGGCCAUGGCCGGGCUCCCGGGGCCCUUUCUCUGCGGGACCCUGCUAGGCUAUCUGUGCCUGAGUGGGCUGGCAGUGGAGGUGAAGGUACCCACUGAGCCGCUGAGCAUGCCGGUGGGGAAGACAGCCGAGCUGACCUGCACCUACAGCACGUCCGUGGGAGACGGCUUCGCCCUGGAGUGGAGCUUUGUGCAGCCUGGGAAGCCCAUCUCCGACUCCCAUCCAAUCCUGUACUUCACCAAUGGCCAUCUGUAUCCAACUGGUUCUAAGUCGAAGAGGGUCAGCCUGCUUCAGAACCCCCCCACAAGGGGGGUGGCCACGCUGAAACUGACUGACAUCCACCCCUCAGAUACUGGAACCUACCUCUGCCAAGUCAACAACCCACCAGAUUUCUACACCAAUGGGUUGGGGCUAAUCAAUCUUACUGUGCUGGUUCCCCCCAGUAAUCCUUCAUGCAGUCAGAAUGGGCAAACCUCUGUGGGAGGCUCUGCUGCACUGAGAUGCAGCUCUUCCGAGGGGGCUCCCAGGCCAGUAUACAACUGGGUGCGUCUUGGAUCUUCUCCUACACCUUCUCCUGGCAGCAUGGUUCAAGAUGAGGUGUCUGGCCAGCUCAUUCUCACCAACCUCUCCCUGACCUCCUCGGGCACCUACCGCUGUGUGGCCACCAACCAGAUGGGCAGUGCAUCCUGUGAGCUGACCCUCUCUGUGACCGGUAGGGAUGCUGGGUGGAGGCCAGGCCAGCAGGCUUGUGUUGGGAGGCUGCAUGAAGUGGUCUGCUGGUGGGCCAAGGAAUGUCUGCAACUCUCUUGGUCCUGUGUCUCCUUAGAACCCUCACAAGGCCGAGUGGCCGGGGCUCUAAUUGGGGUGCUCCUGGGUGUGCUGUUGCUGUCAGUUACUGCGUUCUGCCUGAUCAAGUUCCAGAAAGAGAGGGGGAAGAAUCCCAAGGAGACAUAUGAGGGUAGUGACCUUCGGGAGGAUGCGGUCGCUCCUGGGGUCUCUGAGCACACUUCGAGGGCUGACUCUAGCAAGGGGCUCCUGGAAAGACCCUCAUCUGCCAGCACCGUGACGACCACCAAGUCCAAGCUCCCUAUGGUUGUGUGACUUCUCAUCCCUGAGGGCGGUAAGGGGGAAUAUCAGUAAUUAAAGUCUGCGGGUACCAUA